ACGAUGACAACAACUAUGGCGGCUUCCGGUGUGAGAUUCGAAAGUGAGAAGAGUAUCGCAGAGCGUAAAGAACAGACCCGGAUUGCCAGGGCCGAGGUGCUGGGUCAUGCCAAAGCCAAUUUUGAAAAAGAAGAAAGGCAUAAAGAACUUAAACGACUUCGGGGUGAGGAUACAUGGAUGCUACCUGAUGUGAAUGAGCGAAUUGAACAAUUCUCUCAGGAACAUUCUGUAAAGAAAAAGAAGAAAAAAGAAAAACAUUCAAAAAAAGUAAAGAAAGAGAAGAAAAAAAAGAGCAAGAAACAGAAAUAUGAAAAAACCAAUGAGUCAACUGAUAGUUCAUCAAGCUCUGAAGAUGAGUGGGUUGAGGCUGCUCCAUUCCAGGUUCCUGCCAAGGAGAAGGCCUGGAAAGUAAAAGAUGAAAAAUCAGAAAAAGAAGUUGAUGGUCAAGUUAUUCAGAGGGAUGAGUGGAUGAAUGUUGAUUUUAUGUCUGCUAAAACUGUGUCAUCAUCAUCACUGAAAGCUGAAAAGGCGGCUAUGAGGAAAAUAGAGCAAGAGAAAACUGAAGCACUUGAAUGGUCCAAAUUGUUGGAACGAGAAUUAAAUCCAUAUUGGAAGGAUGGUGGGACAGGUCUUCCAUCAGAAGACUGUAGUGUAUCGUCAGUUACUAAAGCUUCAGGAGUAGAGGAUGGUGGAUUAAGCUGGCUAAGGAAGUCUUAUCAAAGAAUGAAGCAACAAGCUGAAAAAGAAAAUAGAAAUUUUGAGGAUAUUGUAGCUGAAAGAUAUGGGUCAAUGGAAAUAUUUCAGUCAAAAUUAGAUGAAGCUGAAAAAAUUGCAUUCAAGAAAGAAGAUUGCAGACGAGAACGGUGGAGGAAACCAGCGUAUUCAGAUAAUGCACAAAGCAGUCAAGAAAGUAGAAAGUCAGAUUUAGUAAAAUAUAAAAGUUCAAGGGAUAGAUGUAGUACAACAGAUACCGCAAGUAGGAAUAAGAAAGAUAAGUUUAGUGGUGAUGAAAAAGAUAAGAGAUCUGGGUCUUUAGAAACAUGUAGAAGAGAAUCCAAUCUAAGACAAAAUCAGGAGUUCUCUUCUGGAAACUCAAGACCAAAGUUCUUAAGACCCUCUGAUGAAGAACAGUCAUUUCAUAGUAAGGGCAGAAAUUGUGAGCCAUCUAGUUCAUCUUCAGCAUUAGUAGCUCAGGGUUCUUUGCACUGUGGUUUUCAAAAACCCGCAGAGAACAGUGAAAAAAGUUUAACCUCAUGGCAUCGAUCUGAUGGGCAAGAAGGAGGCAAGAAAUGUUCAGAUCAAAAGUCACUGGAAGUCAGCAGCAGCAUUGACUAUCGACACAUUCCAGGAAAUGUGAGAGAAAAUGUACAGGCUGAGAGCUUGAGAGAUGACCUGCCACGAAGACAACAUUUGCAGGACACAGAGUCCACAUUUGCUGGUCGAGAGGGUGAAUCCCUGCACAUACUGAGUGUUGAUGAAAAGAAUAAGUUGGGAGCCAAGAUUAUCAAGGCAGAGAUGAUGGGGAAUAUGGAAUUAGCUGAAAAGCUCAAGGCCCAACUUGAGAAGGCAAAUAAAUUCAAAGAAACUGCAACACAGAUAUCAUCAAAAAAAUCAGGGGUAGAGAUUGAAGACCACCAGGAAGUGAUCCUUGUUAGAACUGAUGAGUCUGGGAGAGUGUGGCCUGUGAAUGCACCACAAGAACUUCCAGAGUCCAAAGCAGGAAGAGGGAAGAGACAGAGGGUUUCAGUGCAUGAGGAAAAAGUAAGGGUCAGAUACUUUCAUGAUGAUGAUGAUCUAAGUCUACAAGAUUUAGUCAAAAAUGAAAAGAUGGGAACAGCAGAAAAUCAGAACAGACUCUUUCUGAGAACAGUAUCUAAGUUUAUGGGAAGGACAGAUGGAGAUGGUUAUACUCUGGAUGACAUGUUUGUCUCCAAAGCAGCUGAGAGGGCACGUCAGGGUGAAGAAGAGAGCCAGAGGAAAAGAGCUAUUGCUGAGCAUCAGAGUCUUGCUGCACAAAUGGAAAAAUGUCUGUACUGUUUUGACAGCUCUCAAUUUCCUAAGCACCUUAUUGUUGCAAUAGGUGUUAAGGUUUAUUUAUGUUUACCCAACUUCUGUUCUCUUACUGAGGGACACUGUCUUAUAGUCCCUUUGCAGCAUCAUCGAGCAGCUACUUUAUUGGAUGAAGACAUCUGGGAAGAAAUUCAGAUGUUUAGGAAAUCAUUGGUAAAGAUGUUUGAAGAUAAAGAAUUGGAUUGUAUCUUUUUAGAAACUAAUAAGAGCUUGAAGAAACAGUAUCACAUGGUUUAUGAAUGUAUUCCUCUCCCAAAGGAAGUGGGUGAUAUGGCUCCCAUCUACUUUAAGAAAGCCAUAAUGGAAUCUGAUGAAGAGUGGUCCAUGAAUAAGAAGUUAAUUGAUUUGUCUUCAAAAGAUAUCAGAAAAUCUGUACCCAGAGGCUUACCUUACUUCUCUGUGGACUUUGGCCUCCAAGGAGGAUUUGCCCAUGUCAUUGAAGAUCAACACAAAUUCCCUCAUUACUUUGGAAAGGAAAUCAUUGGUGGGAUGCUGGAUCUAGAACCAAGACUCUGGAGGAAAGGCAUCCGAGAAAGCUUUGAGGAUCAGAGGAGGAAAGCACUGCAAUUUGCUCAGUGGUGGAAGCCAUAUGACUUCACCAAAAGUAAACAAUGCUGACUCAAGGGUGCCUCCUGUUUUAAUUUCCUCUUCCGAUCUGAUUCAAUUGCAUAGCCAUUGCAUCUGCGUAAACAGCUGAGCCUCAGGCCCACAGACUUCUCUGGGACUCUUAACAGUCAUGCCCUGUUGAAUUCUGUCAUUUUCUCCCUUGUGAGGAGGCUUGUGAGGACUCCAUUUGUUGACCACAGAGUAAGGGCAGGUGCUUUGGAUGACUUGCUCAUAUUCCUGUGAUGUACCUACUUCUUGGUGUUUGAAAUUAUUCAGUUAGCAUAGAGGGCUUUUUGGAAGGAGUAGCUAGGAAGCCAAGUAGGGCUUCAGAGAAAAGUGGGUCUGCUUCUAGGCAGGUAACUCUUUUUAUAUUUUUUGUAAUAGGACAUGGUGCAUCUAGUAAUAAUUGAAAUUUAUUUUCAUAGGUAUUUAUGGAAGCGCUCUUAAUUUUCUAGUAGCAUAUAGUAUCAGUAUGUAUUCUCUUUGUUAAAGAAAAAGGAAUGUCUCAAAACUAUUGAAGAAUUAAAUGAUAAUGAAAAUAUAACAUUCACAAUUCAGAUUUGUCUUUAUUUCUGGAUUUCACAAUGACUUUGAAUUUUGGUGAUCUUAAAAGUAAUUGUUCUAAAUGAUACAAUUUCCCAUUGUUUGGGGUUUGUAUGAACAUUGUAAUUUGUAGCCAGAUGAUUGUUUUGGGGUUAUAUUGAUUAUCACAAAUAUUAAAUAAUGAGAGUAUUCUGAAUGUCAGGAGCACAUUCUGUUGUCCCCCACUUGAUCUAAGGUUCCAAAUUUUUAUUGUUCUUAACUCUUGAUAUCAAGGGAAAACCCUAUACUUAUAAGAUAGGAGACUGUGAGAGUGUCUCUUUUUUUUCUUUAAUGUGGAAGAUAACUGUUUUAGUAAUUCUUUGUAAACAUGUUUGUUUUGUGAAAGCUGAAUCUUUUUUCAUGAAAUGUUGAAUGCCUAGAAUCAGUGCAAAACAUACCCCAGAGUAAGUCAUAGCUCUACACAUUUAUUUUUAAUAUUAG